GACCAGCCAACUUGUAGUCAGUCCCGGAAGAGAGGAGACUCUGAAUCUCCUAUUUAUAUCUGUCACCCUUGGCUCCCUGAUUGACCUAGGUAAACAACCUUAGUCAAGGAUCUCAUAGUCAUUAAGAUCCACUUGGUUCCAAUCACCACAUUAUAUAUGAAACCCAUAUGGGUGAAAUUUUGUUUUGUUGAUGGCUGAUUUUUGUCCCGCCCCCAACCCCAUGGCUGUCCCCGGGACACCCGGAGUGGGUGAGAUGGAUUUAUGAAGUUGGAGGUAGAGGGGAACCUGUUUCCGACGGACGACUGUCUCUGCGGCACCGCUGGGUGGCAGGCGGUGUCAGUAACCUGUUUCCGGCGGACGGCUGUUCCUGGGACACCGCAGUUUGACGGUUGGCGGCGCCAUGUCGGCGAGGAGCCGGCGGCAGCUCGAGCCGGGACUGGAGCCACCGGCAGCUUUCAGCGGCAGACACCACGAAGCGAAGGGUCUGAUCCCCCCGUCACACUUUGAGGUUCGGUGCCCCGGCCCACCAGCAGUGGACACAGACCCCUGGGCUGCUCUGUCCAAGGCUACCAAGGACAUCCUGGAACUGCGGCGAGAAAAUGAACGCCUGCGAGAGCUACACAGUGCAUCCAACAGAGACAUGUCCAGAGGGCGCGCAGGGGGUGAAAUGGAUAAAGUCUGCAGCAGAGCUAGGUCCUUGGAUCAGGAGAGGGCCCACAAAUGGCCCAGGGAAGCGACUGAGCAGGCGGAGAUCAUUACUGAGCAGAUCCGGGAAAUCCACCGCUUGACUGGGGAGGCACGGCUGCUGAGGAGCACGGUGGAGCAGCAGGCUACAGUGAUCAGAGAGAAGGAGAGCCUGGUGACACAGCUAACCGAGCAGCUGGGGGAGAUGCGGGCAGAGCUGCGGGAGCAGAGGCGGGAGGCUAGCCAGCUCCAAUUUCAGUGCCAGGUCGAGACGGACGGGGUACAGAGCCAGCACCAACUGGAAAUCCAGCGCCUGGAAACCCAACUGGUGCUGGCACAGGCUGCUUCGAGCGAGGAGGCAGAGCAGCUGAGGAGUGAGUUGAAAGAGCUGAGGGAGCGCUAUCGUCACGAGGUGUCUGCUCUGGAAGAGGAGCUGGCCAAGCAAGCUGCAGCAAAGUCUGAGGACAACCAGUUACAGAUUGCCAGGCUGCAGGAUGCUCAGUAUCAACGCAUGGCAGAGCAGAUCCUGCAGUUGGCCGAAUCGCGGGACAAAAGUUGCGCAGCUCUGAAGGAUAGGGUGUCAGAACUGGAGGAGGGGCUGAGGCAGAGCCGAGAGAAGGGACAGAGGGAGGCGGCACACUUCAGAGAGAAGUUGGAGGCAGUCACUCAGGAGCGGGACACCUUGCAGGAAGAUUUACGGAAAACAAAGCUCGAAUCGGAAUCCCAAAAUUCCGUGAUCGCUCAGCUUCGCACCUACAUUGGACAACUGGUGCCAGACGAGAAGCAGCUCGAGGAGUCCCGGCAGGAGAAGGAGCAGCUAAAUAACAAGGUCCAGCAGCAUCUGGAAAAGGAACGAGAGGCACUGAAAAUGACAGCAGAACUCAUGAACAUACGGCUGAGAUCCCUGAAUGAUAUUCUCACCAUCCAGGAGAGUGAGAGCAGCAGAAAGCCUAAGCAGGGUGUCCCGGAAGGGGAGAAUGUAAAGAGGCUGCCGCUGGUCACUCGGUGGAGAGAGAAGGUGUUCACUCUCAUGGUGCAGCUGAAAUCACAGGAAAUCAGUCACGCCAACGAUAUCAACCAGCUCCAUGUCAAGCUCGCUAACCUGGAAGAAGAGUUGAGGGUGAAGGAACAGGAGCAAGCAUUGCUGCUACACAGCUUUGAAGACAGGACUGCAGAGAUGAACAUGGAACGUGUACAAAACCAGACUCUCCGAGAGGAAUUAGCCAGCGCUCAGAGUGACACUGUGCGGUUUCAGGGGAACGCAGAGCGAGCUGAGAAUACUCUGUGUCACCUCAAGGAGGUGGUCAGCAGCUUUUACCAAAAGUUCUUGGAGCAGGAGACAGAGCAAAGGAAGGCCUUGUGUCGGUUGGGGAACCUGGGUCAGAGGGUGACCUUUGCCAACAAGAGAAUCGAUACCAUCCACGGUUUACUCGCUCGGAAGGAUGCAAUCUUACGUCUGCAGCUGCAGGAAAAGAGAGGAGGUGCAGGGUCGGACACUGGCAGACGCUCCCAUGAGGAUCUGGAGAAGGAGCUGGAGUUGCUGAACAGGGAACGGGACCAGUUAGCAGCUGAACUGAAAAAGACCUCACAGCUCAUUGAGAAGAAGGUUACUGAGGCUAGGCUGAAGUGUGAGAGUGAACUAAAGGACCACCUGGUAGUGAGAGGCCAGCUGGAGGAAGCCUUGGAGGAGAGGACUCAGUGCCAGCAGAGACUGACCGAGGAACUGAGAGAGUGUCAGAAGCAGCUUGCGGACAGUCAGGGAGCUGCAGAGAGCCUGCGGAUCGAGCUGGCCCAGCAGCAGCAGAAAUAUGAACAAGCUCUCACUGGGAAAGUGGAGGAAGCAGAGCAACGGCUGGCCGAGCAACUGUCCGAGAUGGAGAGACAGCUCAAUGAGGCUCGGAGAGGGCACACCAAGGCUGUGGUCGCCCUCCGUCAAACUGACAGACAGGCAGCCCGGGACAAGGAGCGAAUGCAGGCCUGCGAAAAGUUACACGAGGAACAGCAUCAGAGGGAAGUCCAGCGACUCAGUACCAAGCUGCGUGAACUGGAGAGGGACAGGAAUCUCCUGGUGGAUUGUUAUGAUUAUUGCUGAAAAACAGACAUCAUCUUACACUCCUCAGAAUCACAAGAAUACUAAAUAUCAAAGAGAACAACCAAGUAUUUUAUAAGAGAAAACCAUGCUGACUGGUUGGCAGAUCACCUCAGAUUGGUCAAGGCGUUGCCAUGGGAGAGUGCAUCGAGAGUAUUAUCUCCUAUGCUUUUAUUUCAGUCAAAAAAGCCACAAUGCCUGGACAUCUUUCUUUUGCCUGUUGAAGAGAACACAAACAUAUCCAGGUGUUGCACCUUUUUUUAAAAAGCAUUAAACAAAACCAUUGGGCAUUUUCAAUUACAGUCGCUGAAACCACUCAGGAGGUCAGGAAAUCAGAUUUGAGCUGGUGCAGAUUUGGUUUAACCAUGUAUCAGAUUUUACUCUGUUCAGUCAGUGAGGAGGAGCCAUCAAAUCCCACUCACUUCAGAAAGGUUGCUGUCUGAGGUUAUUGUUAACAGCUAACUGACACACGAGCGAGGCAUAGGGAAUAAACUCAGCCUUCCACACUUGUGUGCCCUAGGGGAAAACAAUGAUUUCUGGAGAAGCUGACCAGGGAGGAUUGGUUUUGUUUCUAUUUGACAGGCUACACUGAGGCAGGAAGGGUUACUCAGCCGGUUCAGGAAAAGCCGAGCUGUAGCUAUCCAGUCCACAGCUGCCCUGUCUGACAAAGAGGAG